AUGCCGGAUGCUAACGGCGCCUUUCAGUACCGCAUCAAGCAAGCCGAGGACCGCAGGUCCGAGACGAUCUUUCUAGAAGACGAAGGCGACGACCCUGCGCUCUUCGCCGAUAUCAAGCCGCAGCCCAGUUCGGGCAGUCGUCCGUCUCCUAAAAGGUCCAUCAACGGAGAUCCAAGCGCUAACUCAGUGCAAAAGCGACCAAGGGCCACAGAACAGGUCGGCUCGAGGUCCAAUGCCAACGGCACGCCGCUCUCAAGCUCUCGGGAUCCGCAUCCCGUCUCAAGCGGAUCGUCGUCAACCCGCACACACCUGUCGCUCGACACCUCGCAGCUCGUGCCACGUUCCUAUGAUGCGAACUACGACCGCUACAAAGAGAAGGACCUUCGAGACCUUUUUGCACUGAAACGAGGCAUCUUGGCGGGCCUUCUGGCCGAGCUAUCCCAGCAGCAGACCAAGUAUCAGGACGACGAGGAAUGGCGCCAAUGGACCGACGCCUUUGAAGGCGCCAAUCAGAUGAAGGCCGAGGUAGACGAGCUCGCCAGAGCGAUCAGGGCCCGCACGUCCGAACCUGCGUCCGCUCAUGCUGCCUCGUCCGGAUCCAUCUCAGCACACCUUGUCGAGCACUCUUCCGCGAGAGCAUCGCCGACUCGGCGUUUGCUCCCGGGUCCUCUCCCUCCUCCAUCGGACGCCACCCCAAGAACCACGUCCAGCUCCUUCCAGAUCGUGGGCGAGAAUAUCGCCUCGGAUGCCACGACAGUCCGUCCAGCGGCACCACCUCUGUCAAGAGCAUCGACGUCGACGAGCCUCUUGCCAACGCCAAGGGACCCGGUUAUCGUCGCACAGAACGCUCAACAUCGUCCUGAUGAUACCACAGCCUUCGACGACGACGACGAUCUGUGGCCAUCCGAAGCGGACGACCUUCUUGACUUGGACCCACCGCAUCGCCUCAAUGUUGCCAGUACGACGAACGCCACUUACGAGCCGACCGUGAGUACCUCGAACGCCCUGGUCGGUCCUCUCCCUCCGCGACAGCAUCAUCCGGAUUUAGACGAUCGCAACGGCGGUCAUUUUGCGGACGCAGAAAUCCUCGAGCUGAGCGACGACGAAGACGAGGUGAUCGAGGUGGAAGACUCGAAAGUCGAUGUCCGUUACAAGCGCUUCGGUCCGUCCAUGCAAGGGCCGGAAGAAGGAGACGAGACCGCGCGCGAGCCCACCUAUCCCUGGACGAAGCACGUCAUCUACGCCUUGCGAAAGUUCUUCAAGCUAAAGCACUUCCGUCCAAAUCAGUUGCGAGCCAUCAACGGCACCUUGAGGGGCGCAGAUGUCUUCGUCUUGAUGCCAACGGGCGGCGGCAAGAGCCUUUGCUACCAGCUGCCUGCAUGCGUCGAGACCGGAGCUGCCAACGGCAUCACGAUUGUGGUGUCGCCUCUUCUGUCGCUCAUCGAGGAUCAGGUGCAUCACCUGAUCAUGGCAGACAUCCCAGCCGUCAAGCUGGUGGGCAGCGGCGCCAUGAACAGCAGCGACAAGCGCGACGCACUCAACGCCGUCCGAGAUCGCAACAGCGGAUUGCGUCUUCUCUACCUGACGCCCGAGUUCAUCGCCGGUACCUCGCAGGCGAUCGAAUUGAUGGACCUCCUCUACUCGCAAAAACGACUGGCAAGAUUCGUUGUAGACGAGGCGCACUGCGUCAGCUCGUGGGGCCACGAUUUUCGACCCAACUACACACAGCUCGGCAUCGUGCGGGAGAAGUACCCGACAGUCCCGAUCAUGGCCCUGACCGCCACCGCCAAUAAGCAGGUCAUCAAGGACGUCAAAGCUUCGCUGCGCAUGAAGAACCCGCUCACGUUGACUUCGAGCUUCAACCGGCCCAACCUCGAGUAUCAAGUGCGUCCAAAGCCUGGCGGGCGCAAAUUGCUGGACGAGAUUCUCAGCUUGAUUCGCACCUCCCACCAGGACGAGUGCGGUAUCGUCUACUGCAACAGCAAAACGAUGUGCGAGACUGUAGCCGAUCAACUGAUUCAAGAAGGUAUCUCCGCCCACCAUUACCACGCCGGUCUGGGCCCAGUUGACAAAUCGACGAUUCAGCAACAGUGGCAGAAGGACGAGAUCAAAAUCAUCGUCGCGACCAUCGCCUUCGGGAUGGGCAUCGACAAGCCCGACGUGCGCUUCGUCAUCCACCAUUCGAUCCCCAAGUCGCUCGAAGGCUACUACCAGGAGACGGGACGCGCGGGCCGCGACGGCAAAAGCUCUGUGUGUUACCUCUACUACUCGUUCGGCGACGUCACAAAAGCGCAGAAUAUGAUUCAAGACAACAAGGAGGAGAAGUCCCAGGAGGCCGUCGAACGUGGCCUCGAGUCCCUGCGAAGGAUGCAGAGCUAUUGUACGAACGACAUCGAAUGCCGUCGCGUUCAGGUCUUGCGCUACUUUGGCGAAGACUUCACCGCAGACAGGUGUCACAGCACGUGUGACAACUGCUGUCGCCAGUCCGGUGCGAUUCAAGUCAAGGAUGUCACUGAGCUCUGCAUCAAGGCGAUCCAGCUGGUGCAGACCAUCAAGAAACAAAAGGGUCAUUGGACCAUGUCGCAUUGUGUUGACGUCUUCCUCGGCAGCAAGGCCAAGAAGAUUCGAGAAGCUGGCCACGACAAGCUCGAUAUGCACGGUGCUGGGUCUGUUCUCCCCAAGGCCGAGCUGGUCCGUCUUUUCGAACAUCUGCACUCCCUGCAAGCCCUUGGCGUGUACGACGUGAUGAAUCGAGCCGGUUUCAACACGGCCUACAUCAGGCUCGGACCCAAGGCGAACGCGAUUCUCAGCGGCAAGCAGCCUGUCGAGAUGCAGUUCUCCACCAAGCCAACGUCGUCGUCCGCUUCGUCAGCCAAGAACGGCAAGAAAACACAGCCGCAGAGGCGGGCUAGAGAUGCCGACUUUGCCGAGUUCGACGACGACGCCCACGACAUUUCGCACGUCAGCUUGACCCCACCGAAUGCUCGAGGCAACGCUGCUCGCUCGAGAGCACAACCCUCCACGAGUGCAGUCAACGGCGUGAAUGGCAUCGGGGACGACGAUUGGAUUCCGGUGGAGAUGCUGGAGGACAGCUAUGACCCGAACAAUGACUCUGACGACAACGUUCCACUCGCAGCUUCCAACUCGGGAGGCGGUCCGGGACCUAGCAACGGUCGCCGACCAGCAGCGACCAACACGCGCCGCGAGAUGGGUGGCAGCAGCGACGACGACUUCGAGAUCGAUCCUCGCUCGACGGACCCGAAUCAGCAGUGCUACAAGGAGCUCAAGAAGCUGGAUGCCCGGCUCGCCCUCAAGGAGAAGCAGACGCGUGGCUGGUUGAUUCCAGAUCACAUCCUGCAGGAGAUCUCUGCAAUCCCACCCGAAAGCGCGACGGCGUUUCGGCUCGGAUGCAAGGGCGAGCACAGUCAGUGGCUUCUCAAGUACGCCGACAAGUACGUGGAUGUCUGUCAGCGAUUCCUGAAGACGAGGAAGACGGAUUUUGACCCUCGAAACAUCGCUGCGAGGGGCCCCGGAUGGAACUCGUUCAUCGCAGACAGUCCGCGUACCGCUCAGCCCGGGUCGGCGGCGCAGUCGCCUGCAACAGCCGCGACGAGACAGGAUCGAGUCGCGGCGCCUCGAAAGAGCGCUGCCGUUGCUGCUGCCAAUUUGGGACAGUAUGCGUACGAGGACGGUGAUGCUUCAUCUGGGUCCAUUCGUCCAUCGUCUGUAUCGAAGAACGGCAUGAAGGCCAAAGCAGGUCGACCAUCACCGAAAUCCGGUGCGAUGGCGGUAUCGAAAGCGUCAUCCGCAGCGGGAGUCCCGCCCGCGAAGAGGAUCACCCUGAAUCGUCCCUUUAUGGCCAACGGCGGCGGAGGACUGCAAAUCCGGGCGAUGCCGCUCUUGCCUUCACGUGGAGCUGCGAAUCGGCCUGGACCGAGCUGA